AUGUCAUUCACUGACACCGAAGAGCAGCUUUUAAUGGAGUGGGUCCGUCGCCGUCUUCCAAAAUCCCAAAUAUCAGACAUUACCGUUGAUUUUCGUGAUGGAUCUGCACUUUUAGAACUUGCCGCUUCUUUGACAAAAGCUGCUGUUCCAAAGAUACAACCUGCAACAAACAUGAAAGGAAGAAUCCAUAACAUUGAACAGGCACUUAAUAUGAUUUCUGGGAAAUACGGAGCAUUUGAUGGAGUUUCAGUCCAUUCCAUAGCUAGUGGUAAUAAAGAUAACACCCUUAGUUUACUCAAUUGGGUGAAAAGGAUGAGGGAGUUUGACAAACAACGCCACAAACAGCAGAACACCAAGAUUCGAAAAGACUUACAGAGAUUUGAUAAGAAAACAAAGGACCUUCAAACGGCGGAAAAUUUUUCGAUAGUCGAAAAAGACCCACGUGGAGUCGCUGGAAGAAAACGAGCGUUUACCACGAAAAAGGGAUACAUCGAAGUGUUAAAAACAACAAAAGCAGUUUCACAAAAAGAGAUGUUGAAAGAAGAGAUCUCAAGAGAGCGUUCGUACUCUCUUCUGAAUCCAAUCAACACGAAACCACAACACGAGAAAAAGCAUCUCCGCAAAGAAAGUAAGUAUCAAAAUGUUUCUUGUGUAAUCGAACAAACAGCACUGGACAAUAUCAAAAAGGGGAGUCAAGGCAAACAGAAAUCUCAUAAUACUAAGAAGGCUGAAAAAGUCUAUUCACAAAUUACACCAAAGAAAAAGGAAGUCAACAACAGCGUUACAAACACAUGUAAUACAAAAGAAGAACAAGAACAAAUCACUUUAAAAUAUGUGGAGAACAUUGAAAACGACCAGAAGAGAGAGAAAAGAGAAUAUCCAAUUGUGAAGGAGAGGGUGAGAGAAACACUAAAAAGAGAAGAACAAAAACAAGAGAAACCAAAGAGCGGAGUACCUCCGUUGCCAAUGUUUGUGAAGAGAAGGACAACAACUUGCUUAACACAAAAGGAAACGUGUGAUGGGAGUGUUGAGAAAUCGACAGAAAGAACUGUUCUAUCUCCAAGAAGAACACCAGUCUCGUUGGAAAGACCUGUUAUUGAACAAAGAAAGGCAGGAACCGUUUCGAGAGAAUUUUUAAAUGAAAGGGACACGGGAGAAAUACUUUCUGAUAGAACAAUGAACUUGAGCUCAGACAAAUUAACAUUGAGUAAUUCACCUUCACCGAGACUCGAAGAUGACGGCAUUAACAGAAAUCGUACGGAGUCAUUCACUGUCCCGUGCUUGCCUCGGCCACUUGAGAAAGAAAAGACCCCUCUGCCAGAGGAGGAGAUUCCACCAGAAAGUAUCACUGACGCAAAUUCAGAUGAAGAGACGUUUAUCGAGUUUGAUGAAGACGAGUUGAUGGAAUGCUAUGUUCCCAAUGCAAUUCGAGAGGAGAAGAUGAAAGAACGAGGACUUGAGACGGAGAGUAAAGAGUGUGGAGACAUCAAGGAACUCACCAAGAAUGUGUUUCUGUUAAAAGGAGUCUACCACGUAGUCACUGAUGUGAAGGGGGGUGAGAAAGUCUUAGAGCCCCUCGACUUAUCAACAAAGAGUGUUGUGUGUUGCAUUCAAGCCCUUUUGAGGAAGAGAAUGGACAUGGAAUUCUUUAAGAAUGGGCUUGACCUCCAGAAUAAGCGAAUUGCUCAAAUGACCCAAAAGGUGAAAGAGAAUGAAGGAGGUGUAGUGAUGCUUCAAGCCCUCAUCAGAGGGCAUUUUGUGAAGAAGCAGCGAUUCUUUGUGAAGGUGAAAAAACUGAAAAUGGCGGUGAAAGAGAUAUAUGACACCGAGAAGAAGUAUGUGGAAGACCUUAAAAUCAUUCAACGGAUGAUCCAAACCACCGUUGAGAUGAAGUACCACGUUGACAUAGUGAACCAAGCUCAACUAAUCAUUGACAUGAUGAUCAAAUGCAACAACGUGUUACUUGAAGACAUGGGAAGUGUUAUGAAAGACGACAGAUUGGGGAGGGGAGUGAAUGCUGCGUUUGUUAAGUUCACGUCUUAUUUGACGUAUUAUACCACUUAUAUGAAUAUCUACUUCCCAUUAAAAGACUUUUAUGAGAAUGCAAAUAACACGGAACUGGUCACUAAAAUCUCGGUCGAGGUACUUGGCAAAACAAAACCAGACAACUACUUGAUCCGGCCAAUUCAACGUCCGCCACGCUAUAAACUGUUACUGGAAGCCGUGCUUGAAUCGCUCCCAACGUGGUGGAAAAAGGAGAGAAAAGAAUUGAAGAUGAGCACUGCGAAGUUGCGCGAAGUCAUAUUCAAACUCAAUUCUUAUAUGAAGACAAACACGGAACAUAAAGAAGUCGACAAGUUGUUGAGUAAAUUAACGUUCCCGAGACGGUUUAAAUUGGGGAAGGACGCGGAGAAGAGGGUUGUGUUUCAGGGUUUUCUGAAACGCGUUGAUAAAGAGAAGGACGAAGAGUUCUGCUGCUUUUUACUGCCGGAUUACCUCUUUAUGGCGAAGAUCAGGAGAGACGAAGUGGGGGAUGUCCCCAGUGAAACGCUUGAGAAUAAGGUUAAGGUGUAUCAUGUCAUUGACACGCGAGAGUUGACACUGAUGGAUGUUCCAACCAACGAAAGUGAGUUUUGUAUAAUCAUUCCGGGGAAGAGUUUUCGACUGCGAGCGGAGAACGAGAACGACAAGAUGACGUGGAUGCACCAAAUUGAUGGAAUUUUUUCGAAACAGCAACAAACGAUAUUGACGAGGAUGCAACAACUGCAGAAGAAGGACAAAACGGUGGAAAAAGAGAAUUUAAAUAUCAGCGAGUAUUUGAUCCAUCCCGAAUAUGAGGAGGACAUCUACUAUUUUGAUGUGGCGACGGAUCAGUGGGAGAAAUUCUAUAUGAUGUUACAUGGAGCUGCGCUGUGUCUGUUUUUGAGCGAAGAGGAGGCCGCGGAGUUGAAACAACCGACGUUGGUGUUUGACAUUCUUGAGUUGAGAUUCAACGCCCUCCAAGUGUCGACACGGAAGUACUCGUUUGAGGUCAGCUACAAAAGUUAUACAUACAUCUUCGCAACGACGAGCAAUCACUGCAAAUUCAUGUGGCUGUAUAUGCUGAGAAACGCAUUUUAUAAGAACUGUAAGAUGCACAUGGACUUGCACGCGUUUACAGUGAAUUUGUGUCGAACAGACGUUCUGAAGACUUGGACUUGCUUUGAUGAAAUAGAGAAGAAGCCAAACAACGAAAACUACAAAUACCUCCGAGUCAUGCUGUUACAGCCACAUAACCAAGUGUGUGCGGACUGCGGGAAGCCAGUCAGUUAUGCAGACAUCGACUAUGGGGUGUUUAUAUGUGAAUCGUGUGCGUUGGUUCAUGUUACUUGUAAACACGUCAAGAGAACGUUUGACUGUGUGUUGCCGUUUUGUAAACUUUUGAAUAUUCCGUUUGCUGCAUUGGUCCAAUUGCAUGAAUUUGGGAAUUUGAGAGGAACUAUUUUGUAUAGUUUAAAAACAGAGCAGACUGUGGCGAAACCGUUGAAUGGGGUUGAGAACUCUGAUGUGAAACGGAAAUGGAUCCAAGCGAAGUAUAGAAUGCCGAAUAUCUCUGUCUUUGAUUUUACACCCAUUGAUAAUUAG